AUGCCCCAGUGCUGCGUAUUUUGUGGUAAGGAGUUCCCUACAAGGGGUGGUGUCAAGAGACACAUAACUGGCCGCCCUGAAUGUAGAAGGGCAUGGGAGUUAACGAUCGAAGAAACUGAGGCCACCUAUGAUGAAGAUGGCCCACAAGUGGACUUUGCUUACGAUGAUGUUGGCAGCUCAUUUGGCCUGCCGCUUCGUCGCUCACGUUCCAAGUCCUCCGAUGCUGAUCAAGGCAACCCACCAGCGCUGAAAAGUCGGAGGGUGACCAUCGAGGAGGUUUCUGAUGAAGAUGCUGUGAGAACAAAUAGUGGGCGAUAUUUCAAGGAAUGCCCUGAUGGUGGACGGACUCUGCGGGAGGGAGAAACUGGUUUUGAGAGCUAUCGGAAGUAUAAAAAAAGCAUGGGUGAGGACGAGUGGGCACCUUUUUGCGAUGAGGAAGAAUGGGGACUCGCAGAGUGGCUCGUUAAAAGUCUGGGCCAGACCCGAACCAAUGAUUUUCUAAAGUUGCCGAUAACACGAAACCGAAUGCAACCAUCCUUCCACAACAACCGAUCGUUCCUCCAGAAGGUCGAUGAACUUCCGCAUGGAGCUGCCUGGAGCUGCAAGAAGAUCAGUGUCCGGGGAAACCAAACAGACGAGAAGGGUGAACCAUUGCAUGAAGAUGUCGAGCUUUGGAUGCGUGAUCCUGUGGAGUGCAUCAAAGACCUGAUCGGAAAUCCUCAAUUCAAGGAUCACAUGGUGUACGCACCUGCACAAGCAUACACAGACUCUGCGGGACUCAACCGAGUGAUUGGUGACAUGUGGACUGCAGAUUGGUGGGGGGAAAAGCAAAAACAGUUACCGAAAGGAGCGACCAUAGCACCUAUCAUUCUUGCUUCAGACAAGACAUGUUUGUCACAGUUCCGAGGUGACAAAUCUGCGUGGCCUAUAUACCUCUCAAUCGGCAACAUUGCCAAAGAAAAAAGGCGACAACUGUCAGCACGAGCAACAGUCCUGAUUGGGUACUUACCUGCAGAAAAACUCGAAUGCUUUACAUCAGAUACACGCUCCCUUGCUGGUUACCGGCUCUUCCACCAUUGUAUGUCCCUCCUGCUGCAACCGCUCAUUGCUGCAGGACAAAAUGGCAUUGAAAUGGUAUGCGCUGACUCGAUGAUCCGCCAAGUUUACCCGAUCCUUGCAGCAUAUGUGGCGGAUUUCCCUGAACAAUGCCUGGUGCAUGUUGCAAGGAGAACCGUUGCCCAAAAUGUCUGGUUGCGGCGGAUGAAAGAGAAGCGACAAAAUGGUCAACAUCCAGCUGAAUUCAAAGACUAUGGAUUACGCACCGUCUAUCAUCCUUUUUGGGCUGACCUUCCACACACAGACAUCUUCCUUGCCUUCACACCCGACCUCCUACACCAACUCCACAAGGGUCUUCAAAGAUCACUUGGUUAA